UCGAAUUAUCGUGCAUCUGGGUCCUUACUCUUGUUCUCGUUUCGGGCAGUUAUUACACUUUUUUCAAAGAGAAGGACUCGACGAUGAGACUCCAAUUUAUUGGUGUUAUGAGUUUUUGUGUUAUGAAUAUCAUGAAAUAUGGAGCUUUGAGGAAUGAACGCCCAGGAAUUGGUCGGUGCACCGACGAUCUCGUCGCCGAUUGGGCUCGAUUAAUCGACACCGAGGAACGAACAAUAAUGUACUCUUAUGCAACGUUAGGACGUCAUGGGACUACUCUUUGCACAUGUUUCUCUUAUGCUGGCAGUUUUUUUUACAUCGGUAUAGUGCCCUUGUUGGUCGGCAAAAUUGUCAUACCCGAUACCAAUGUGACCAUACGACCGCUUCCGUUGCCAGGUUAUUUCGUUUUUUUCGACCCGCAAUCCAGUCCCGCUUACGAAAUCGUUUACGCUCUCCAUUGUUAUUGCUCCUUCGUUAUGCAUACUACCGCCGCUGCAUCCUGCAGUUUGGCCAUUAUUUUUGUCAUGCAUGCCUGCGGUCAACUCGAAAUUGUUAAUUUGUGGUUGAAGCGUUUUAUCGAUGGAGAUGAUGAAUAUUUUCUCGGUUGCAAAUUAGAUUCGAACCUCGGAGAUAUUAUCAAGCAGCAUGUCAGAACUUUGAGUUUUAUAUCUCGUACAGAAGAAAUUCUACGUGAAAUAUGUCUCGUUGAUUUGUUAGGUUCAACCUUGAAUCUAUGUUUAUUGGGAUUCGAUAUAUUGACGCAAUGGGAAGACAGCGGUCCAGUCGCAUUGUUCACUUAUUCCGUGCUGAUAGUGUCAUUUCUGAUCAACAUUUUUUCAUUUUGUUAUAUCGGCGAGAUUCUCACCGAAAAGUGUCGGAAAGUUGGAGAAAAAACUUACAUGAUCGAUUGGUACAAAUUACCGAGAAAAACGGCGCUUGGUCUCGCUCUCACUAUCGCAACCGCUGAUCGCCCGAUCACUAUUACUGCCGGAAAGUUGACAAAUCUCUCGUUAACGACAUUUUUCAACGUAGUGAAAACAUCGAUCGGUUAUCUCAACAUGUUACGGACAGCGGGAGUUGAACGAAAUCGGAGAGGAAAAGGAUCUGAUUUCUUAGUCUUAGGAAUAUUGGUAGCGAAGAUAGUUGCGGGUGCGAUUAUGUUGCUCGGAGCAGAGUCAGUUCGUUCGAAUGACGAUGAGCCGCCGCCCGUCAGCAGCAAGCGGGGGGGCAACGCAUUGUUCGAAAAAGAUUUCGAAUAUGCAACGCGAAUGAACCGUUUUUUCUUGAGGCCGAUCGGUAUGUGGCCAUCGAGAUCGGAUAAAUUGGCCAUUUGUACGGACAUCUUCGUCAGACUUCAAAUAUGUUGUUGUUACUUUCUCAUAUGUUUUCUCUUAAUUCCGUGUGGCCUUCACACGUUUCUCGUUGAAAAAGAUGCCGCGCUGCAAUUAAAAAUGAUCGGUCCGUUGAGCUUCUGUCUGAUGGCCAUAACAAAAUUUACAUUCCUCGUAUAUCAUCGUAACGAUAUAUAUAAUUGUCUGAAACAUAUCGCGCUCGAUUGGGCGAAUGUUGGAUCGUCGGGAGAACGUCAAAUGAUGCUCGCUGACGCGAAAGGAGGACGUUUCGUUGCGACUUUAUGCGCCGGUUUCAUGUACGGGGGUGGCUUUUUUUAUCACACUAUUAUGCCGCUAAGUUGCGGCGUUAUCACCAUGCCGGACAACACGAGCCUUAGACCAAUGACAUAUCCGGUCUACGAACCGUUUUUCGAUGCUCAAGCGAGCCCGAUUUACGAAAUUGUUUUUAUUACACAAUGGUGCUCCGGUUUCGUCGUGUACACCAUAACUAUCGGGGCUUGCAGCAUCGCCGCUGUUUUCGUCAAUCACGCUUGCGGACAAUUCAAAAUACUCAUCAACCGUCUAAACAAUUUGGUCGAUGGGGACGAUAAGAAAUGCAAUAGCAGCAGCGUCGAUGAAAGGAUGGCCGAUAUUGUCGAACUUCAUAUUCGAACAUUGAACUUUGUUAAGCACGUCGAGGCUGUAUUGAAUGAAGUUUGUCUCGUUGAAUUUGUCGGAUGCACCAUGAAUAUAUGCUUCCUUGGAUAUUAUUUUAUCACGGAGUGGGAACGCAGUGAAGCUAUAAGUACCGUCACAUAUUGCGUCCUUCUAGUGUCCUUUACGUUUAAUAUUUUUAUAUUUUGCUACAUCGGAGAAAAGCUUUCGGAACAGAGCAAACUCGUUGGUACGAUGACUUACGCGAUCGAAUGGUACAGAUUACAGCACACAAAAGCACGGAGAUUAAUAUUGAUUUUAAUUAUAUCGAAAUAUCCAGCUCGGAUAACAGCUGGAAAAAUGGCCGAGUUAUCGCUCAAUUGUUUUUCCAAUGUCCUCAAAACCGCUCUCACGUACUUGAAUUUAUUGCGAACUGUCGCCAACUAAAUGUAUAUCAACGUGACACAAAAAAGGUGUUAAAAUUCACCGAGACGCCUACGCAACGGAUAUAAUUGUAUUUUAUAUUAUUUUAAUGCAAAAAUAAAAAUAU